GAGACAACCUUCUCCAUCGCUAUCAUCAACGAAUGCUUCCAUAUGGUGAAGGUGAUGAAGAAAAACGACAAUCUUCUGACGCUCAAGAACAGGCACGGGGCCAUCCCCGUGGUCGUGGCGUCCUUGUUCAGUGCUAAAGAAAUGGUUCGCCAUCUUCACCACAAAACUCCAAUAGAAGUAUUCAAACCAGAAAGUGAUGAUCGAAGUGGCGCCACGCUUCUCAAUUCCCUCAUCGUUGAUGGCAUUUUUGAUGUAGUCAUACAUUUGGUGAAAAAAUAUCCACUGCUUGGAGUUACAGAAGAUAUAAACAGAAAUUACGCCAUUAAGUUGUUGGCUCAUCAACCCUCGGUUUUCAUGAGUGGCAAGAGCUUCGUUUUCUGGAAACGUUGGACUACGACACAUGUAUAAACAUAUCAGAAAGUGAAAUUGAAGGCAGUGGUGAAUCAGAGGGAGAUUUAGAGAGCAAU